AAGUUACUGUUGAAAAUCUACUGUCCCUUUUAACCUGUUUUCCGAGACUCCAUCUCUCUAUUUCUAUGAUGCAUACAGCAGGAACAAGUGAUGAUAGUAAGUAAUCUUUAUAGGCACCAUUAAGGUUAAAACACACUUAAUCAAAAGCAGAGGCCACAGAAUACAGUAAGGCUGCACGAGUGGAGGAAUGAGAAAAAGUUUAAAGGUACAGUAUGUAGGAUUUCGGAUGAUUAAAGGGCGGGAAUUGAAUAUAAUAUUCAUUUCCAACGGCUAGAGAGCCACCACCUCCACCAUGAGGUCCAACAGGAAAAGCAAGUGCCAUUCCCUCAUUUCUGACCCUGAAUGAAUGACGUAUGCAUCAACACGUUCAGCGACUUCUCCUGCCGCCAGAUGCAGUCAUACCGCCAGGCGUACAGCAGGUAUUUCCCAUUGGAAAUAAUCGUAAAACGCCGCCACGUGAGCUAAAAACGACUCAAAGACAGUAUUUCAUAGGGAAUGGCUGCUGCUGAUUGUGAGUCCAGUAUGCAUGGCUGGCAAUUCACUGAGUGGUCUUCCUGUCAGCCAUUUUGUCCCUCUCUCUACUUUAACUUCCAAGCAUCAGGCACAAGGAGAAUUUCUUGGGAAAAUGUUCCAGUUUGUUUAAAGUCCUCACAACUGUUCCUUUACAAACAUAGCCCAUAUAUCUUAUAUAUUAAUGUGGGAGUUCCUGUUAAGUCACCCUCCACAACAUUACAGUGUGUGUUUAAUGUGAGCCUGUAUACUGCAAAGUGACUGAGGAGGAAGAGGAGGAGGAGGAGGAGGGGGGACCCUCCAUCCGGUGUGUGGAGGUCUUGCGCACUGCGCUCCGGCGACGAAAUGGUUAACCAAAAAAAAAAAAAAAAAGAAAAGAUGCAAGAGGUGCGUGAGUCUGUCUGAGCAUGUGCUGCCGCCGCUGCCGCUGCUGCAGUGAAGUAAAAUGUGUCAAUUUCCAAUCGGAGAGCAGAGGCACCGUGGAGGAGAAGCCGGGGACAGCAGGCGAGCCGCACACGGACACCGCGACAUCCUGGACGAGCUCUCCGCGUGAUGCGCUUCAUCCGCCGGCCUGUGCGCUGAGGGAGACACCGCAGAGCUCGACCUGAAGACCUGACAUCUGAGCAGCAGCGAUACAAGAAUUGCGUGAAAUCGAGAGCAACGAUGGUGACCCUGGAAACCCCGGAGGCUCCUGUACCUUUGACGCCGCUGUCGCGCUGGUACCUCUACGCCAUCCAUGGCUACUUCUGCGAGGUCAUGUUCACGGCCGCCUGGGAGUUUGUGGUGAACUGCAACUGGAAAUUCCCCGGCGUGACCAGCGUGUGGGCGCUCUUCAUCUACGGUACCUGCAUCCUCAUCGUGGAGCGGAUGUACCUGAAGCUGCGCGACCGCUGCCCGGUGCUGCUGCGCUGCAUCAUCUACACUUUAUGGACGUACCUGUGGGAGUUCGGCACGGGGCUGCUGCUGCGCCAGUUCAACGCCUGCCCCUGGGACUACUCCGAGUUUCGCUACAACUUCAUGGGACUCAUCACGGCCGAGUACGCCGUGCCCUGGUUCUGCGCCUCCUUCAUAGUGGAGCGCCUGGUUAUCCGCAAGACCCUGCGGCUGCGCUUCCACGAGGGGCCCGAGGACGGCUGGUCAAACCAUCGGUCAGAUGACGGGGGCGGAGGGACGGCGAGAGGAACUGUGGGCGGGGGCAGGAGGAGAGAGAGGAGCAGGGGGGCGGCGAACGACGCCAACGGCUACCUGAAAGGAGAGUGAACCAACGGAAAGGACACAAUCUGAAACCAGCCCAAUCACCCUGCUACACCUCCUCUACCGUUCUCAGCCACUUUUUUCAUAAGCAGUCGUCCCCCUUAACCGUCUGCGGGGGCGACAAACAGACAGCUGUGUAGACUGGGCUGGUGUGCAGAGAGGUGUACAGAGUAUCAGAACAGCCAGAAAACAAAAAAAAACCCUAACCGGGGCCUCAAAACACCCGAAAUCACUCACUGUGCAGAGGCACAAUAACUCCAUGCUGCUGUGUUUGCCGCAUCUCAUAACACACCCGCCUAUUUCCAUGUGGGGGUUGACCUUAAGGAGAUCAGGAUAUCUAGAGUCCCAGACACUGCGAAGAACUCGGGAUUUAAAAAAAAACCCAAAACAAAUGUUGCAAAAAUUAGUGUUAUCAUCCUGCAGAGGAACAAAUUCAAGGACAUUAUUUCCGUUUUUCAGGGGCAUAUCAGAGAGAGGAGCGCUUGCUGUAUAGAGAUCCUAACAAACAGUAGCUACAGCUGUAACGUGUUCUUUUUAAAAAUGUACAUAUUGUCCUUUUAGUAUUAUUCAGAGUACUGUAGUAAUGUAGCUACGAGAAGCUCUUUGAGAACAUCCUGUCCACUCCGAUGCAACGCUCCACGUGUCAGCCUACAUCGUAAAGAAUGUUUUUUUUCUGCAGUUAGUGAAUACCCACAAUGCCUGGAAAAAAAAUGCAUGAUUAAAGUCGUCUUCCAGUAUAAUAAUCGUGUUUCUACGGAGCUCAUUCAGCAGUCGUACUGUACGUCGCACGGUUCGGGCAUGGGGGGGAGGGCGACACAAGCCGGUCGAAAAGUUACCAAGGUCAAUUUUUUAUUUCCUCCUGACAGCAUGCUGACGUGUCCUUGAGCAAGACACCGGACCCUCAAACUGCUCCUGGUGAGCGGGUCAUGGCCUUUGCAUGGCAGCUUCCUCCGCCAUUGCUCUGUGAACGGAUGGGUGUGUGUGUGUGUGUGUGUGUGUGUGCAUGCAGGCAUUUUAAGGUGCAAAACAAAUGCAGUCCAUUUACGGUAAUAGCAGGGGUGCUGUUCUGUUAAUGGUAAUGAUUAUGAGUCAUGAGCAGCGGCGUAAAGCACCACACUUUCAGCUAAUUUCCUUUUUUUACAGCUUUUCCCAAAACCUGUUCGCGACCCGCUGAGUGCACAUCCAUUUUGUGCUCUUCAAUGUCAGAUCUGUCCAGGUCACAUUUCUUAAUUCUACGCGUUCGUCAGUAAAUUCCUUUCCAGUCAUCAAAUCUACCUGUGAGACAAUGCUUCGACAAAGUGUUACUUGAACAAGUCCUGCUGAAUUCCCCUGUUACACUGCACGUGGUCACAUUCACGAGCGUGUUGUCGGCCGUCAGGUUUUUCUCGUCGUUGUCAUUGACCUUCUCCUCCUUUUAUUUACGUCACAGUUCAUUUGUUGAGCAUGUGAAGUGAAGAGCAGGACAAAUGCAGCUGACUGAGGUGAUUGUUUGGUGAGUGUUGGCAUUUGCUGUUAAUGAUCUGUGAGUUGCAAUGGAUUCGGUUUUUGACUGACACGUGAGACAGGCUACAAGUUUAAAGGAGCAAUUCGUAAGAUAUGGCCAGAGUUUUAGUUUAAAACUUUCAAAAAAUUUCAAAUGUGCAGAAAUGUAGACCCAGCACGUCCUGUCUCGUAGUUCCUCUUUGUACCACAGGAGGCAAUAGUCUGAAUCAAUUAGCUACUUGAAACUACUAAAUGAAGUAAAACUUCAACCCUCCCUGUCAGGUUUCUCUCUCAUGUUGACCCAAGAUGAGCUUAAUUGCCUCACAACUUCAAACCCAACCAUAAAUCAAAACAUGUCAUCCAAGCAGUUUUAGGCCCUGAACUGAUAGACACUGGUCGCUACAAGCGCAGCUGCUUCAAAGUGCAUUGGAAAAGCAUGUUUUGGGCAAAACCAUCAUUUUUGAUUAGUAGAAACAGUGGUGCCACUCUGCACUCUGAGCUGAAAACAUAUCAAAAAACAACAGUUCUAGAGAGGUUUCUCAAAUGUCUUUGGCCACCUCCGGUGUGGUCAAAAUAAAUCCUCAAUUCACAGAGUAAGAUGUGAAAAUAUUCCUGUAAAUCACCUCCGUACAGUAUCUGUCAGUCUCAGAAGCUGUUUAAGUUCCAGUCUGGUGUCCAGCCAUGUUUAGUGGGAGGCCAGCUGACCCCCCUCCGUCAUCCGAGCGUGCAGUACUCCAGUCAGCUAAUGGGUCCACUUUGCUCCACGGCUACCUGAGCUUCUUAACAUGACAACAGCUAAUCAAUACAGCCAGAGCAAAGAGUACACUGAGCAGCAGUUAACACUUAUACUGCCCUCUAUAAUUUAGGAGUUCCCCUCGAAUUCUGGCCAAUUCUUACAAAUUACGCCUUUAAGUAUAAAAUAAACUGAUCCUAAAAUGCUCAAAGUAGGUAGUCUUAGAGUAAAUGGAUUUGCAAAGGUCUUAACCUCACAGCACUCAUGUCUUACGAGCUAUCGGCCGGCAGGUGAAAACCCACACAGAAUAAUGCUCAUGUGCAUCACGUGACUUCCUCUGCUCUGGAAGUAGAAAGAUCAAUCGCUGUACUCUCACCUUCAUGCAUUCAGGAGCUGAUGGUAAUGUGAGUCGAUUGGAUCUGGUGCUACUGGGUCGAGCAAACUUCCCCGCUCUGUACGAUUCAAAGGUACAAGGAGGACUGAGAGCGUGAAUGAAGCGUAUGUUUUUCCUCAGGGGGAACAUUUAUGUGGUAGAUUCGAUCACGAUGCUCGUGCUGACGAUUGUUGAGAUGAGCUUUCCCCCUCAUAUUUAACUGAUGAUAUAAAAAAAUGCCAAAAAACCCCCCCAAACAAACAGAUCGAAAUCCACGUUUCCACGACUCUACUGGACAUCGUAAAAGGUGUGACCUUCAUCAUUGUGGCUGCAAUGGCGUGCAGUGCUUUCCCCCGACUGCCUCUGCAAGUCCCAAGUGGAGAUGGGAGCUGUUCCACAUGACAGGUGAACUGCUGCCACCUAGUGGAUGAAUCAAAAACUGCCACUAAAGCUUGGACAAGAAAUAAGAAGAAAAAAUGUCCACAAACACACAAAGAUCAAGAAUCCUUAGGAUCAAAAAGUGGGAGGAUAUCAUUUUUAAAAUUUUUAUUUGAAUGUAAUUUUUGGUACGCAUAUGUUUUAAUUUCUUACAUGAAUUUAACAGGCUUAAAAGCAAUAGAGGCUUCUGACCCAGCAAUGAUUACCCAGCUCAAGGCUGUUUUAAAAAAAAAAAAAAAGAAAAGAAAAAAAAAUGUACUAAACUACAUUAUGAAAACUGAUAUGCAGCAAAUAUUUUAUCCAAUUCUACUGCUUUCAAUGAGACAAAUCACAAAAAAUAUGCAAGUGUAUUUGUUCUCUGCAAUAUGUGCGAGAAGGAGUAUUAGAUGAGUGUGUAUAGUGUGUUCCUACAGAGACGCCUUCUCUGUAUGUGUAUGUGCAUGUAAAGUAUGUUAACACUGAACUGAUUCUCUGGUAUUUUUACCUCGAGGCUGCAUGCCCAAAAAAUUUUCAAUUUAUCCUCCAGACUGAUUUUAAUCCAAGUGAUUACUAGCCCCAUGUACUGUAACGGUUGCUUCUUUUCUUCUUUUUUU